AUGAAAGUGGCCAAAUCAUGCAGUCAAUGCCGGGCAGCGAAGAGAAAAUGCCGGACAGGACCUACGCCGAACUCCGCCUGUGUAAUGUGCGCUCACAAAGGCCAGAAUUGCUCCCUUUUCACCAGUUCGAGUCUGAAUCGCCAAAAGUUCCUCGCUCCAGCUGUUACUGGAAUGAACACAUCGAAGGAGGUAAAUGAUGAACUCCGGGAUGAACUUGUUGACAUCUACCUGCGACUCAUCCACGACAAGCCCCACACCCUUUUCCACCCUGCAACCUUGAGGACGCGAGUACAAGCCAGCCUAUUGCCCGAGGCAGUACUCUGCAGUAUCCUUGCCUUUGCUGCACGACUUAGCAGCGAUCAUACCAUCCAAGAACGAGCAAAGGACUUCUUCCAAACUGCCAAAGAGGCUUUGAAGAGAACAAUUGACAAAGUGACACUGGAUAAUGUCCAUGCUAGUGCACUUGUAGGUAAUCUUUGUGGUAUAGAAGGGGACUCGAGCGGGGAGUCGCUGUUUUUCGGGAUCUCCUUUCGCAUGGCUCAGAUUCUCCGUCUUCCAGAAGCAGAUCCAGAAGAUGACAGCAUCAUGCGAGAACUAAAGCUUCGAACCUACUGGUCUUUGUAUAUGAUCGACCAGUGGUCUUCAGCUGGUCUAGACAUGCCGCGCCAGAUUCCAGACACGAACCGACAUUCACUACCCAUGUCAGAAAUGGAGUUUUGGAAGAUGAAAUCAGGAACCAGGACGUCUGGGAUCUUGACCCCUAACCGGCAGCCGGGGCUUUGGGGUUAUAUGGUGAUUCUGGCUCGAAUUUUUGGCAAGAUACAGGAGCUACAUCGCCAGCUAGCCAACAAUCACUUGUCUGACGCGGAAGCGGAGGAAUACACCCGUCAAGUGGCCCUCCAAUUUCAAGAGUUCUCCCAAAGCCUCCCUCCGAACAUGGAACUCACGAGAGACAACCUCGACAGCCAUGCCAAGACCGGAUUAGGAUCGACCUUUGUUGCUCUUCAUCUGGGCUAUCAUCAUUAUUCUACCCUCUUAUAUUUCCAUUAUUUGGAUUCUACUCACAAUGAGGUCUCAAAUCAAGCCCUCUUCGCGGCUCGCUGCAAGUUUCAUGCAACCGCUUUUAGCGAACUAUUGAGCCUCUCCAACGAGGUUCCAGGUUCCGAAGCUGUAUACUUUAUUGUUGCUCAUAUGACGGUCAUAUCGUCGUCGGCGCUGCUUCACACCCUGUUGUUCGGAGAACCAGACGAGAUGCCAGGCACUCGAGAGCGGCUUUCGUCUAAUUUUCAAGUGCUUCUGAAGCUGAAACAGUAUUGGCCCUAUGUGAACAGCAUGAUUACAAGGCUCUUCACCUUUCAAGAAGCCUGUAUGCUAUCUACAGACCGAGUCUACGUCGUUGACAAGUGGAUAGUCAAGUUUCUGCUUCAACAUGCUCUGCCAAUUGAGAAAAAUCUUCGCCCUCCUGCCACCCAUUCCCUCGCAGAACGAGACAAAUUCGCCGAAGAUGCCUUAUCUAUCCUUCGUCCACCACAGCCCGAACAACAACACUCUUGA